UCUUUUAUCCGGAACCCUAAAAAUUAAAAGGCACUACCAAUUAAUCUCCCCAGAAGGAGAGGAUUAGAAUUUAGAACCCUAGAAACAUCAAUAGUGGAAUCCUCAAAAUGCUAUCCAACAAAAAAUCAUGGACAGUUGAUUCAGAAUUAGAUGGAAUUGAUUUAACCCCAGAAGAUUUCAAUUGUUCGGUGCCAUUAAAGAAAGUACCAACUGGUGAUAUUUUCUCAGCAUCGAGAGCUGGAGACGUAGAAAGAGUUGAAUAUCUAAUUGAAACAGGAGUUAAUAUUAAUGAAAGAGAUAAAUGGGAUUCAGUUGCAUUGUAUUACGCUUGUUUAGCUGGUCAUCUUGAUGUAGCAAGAAUGUUACUUGAAAAUGGUGCUAUCUGUUCUGAACAUACUUUUGAUGGUGAUAGAUGUCAUUAUUCUGCUUUGAAUUUGAAAGUUCGGAAAUUGUUAAAAGCUUUUGAAGCUCGUCCACCUCCAUUGUUACCAUUACAAUCUUCAUUGAGAGAUACCUUUUUGAGUUGCAGGGCUAAUCAGCUACAUCUUGAACAGCACCUUGUUCAACCUCUAGGUCCUUCACAAAGUGAUGGAUCCAACCACAGUCAUUUCCCUCCAGAUGUUGUAUUUUUCAUUCAUGGAAGACCCAUUGAAGCUCAUAGGAUCAUCUUAAGUGCUCGGUCACCAUUCUUUAAGAAGAAUUUUGAGACUAUCUGGAGAGACCGUAGGGAAGUGAGGCUGGCGAGAGAAAAGUUAUCUUACCCGGCCCUUUAUAGCCUCUUUCAUUUCUUCUAUUCUGACAGACUUGAGAUUGCUGUGGAUGAUAUGGAAGAUCUCGUGCGGAUUUGCAAAGUCUGCAAGUGUGAAGAACUACAGAGGGUCCUCGAGAAGGAAUUGGUUCACCAAAGAUAUGCAGAUUAUAAGGGACUAAGAGAUAUUGAUAACUCUCAAAAGCGGUUCAUCUUACAGGGACAGUCACUUCCGGAGAAAGACCGACUUCCUGCUGCUUUGCAUCAAAUUCUUCAAACUUCCUUGGCCAAGUCUAAUUUGAAACAAGACGCAGGUAGUGGGGUUGAUGCACUAAUAUCCGGAAUCGAAACGAUUCAGUUAACCGAAUAUGAAACUGACCUGGCAGAUGUAUGCAUUAGAGUUGGUGAAAGGAUUUUUCGCUGUCACCAGGUGAUUUUGACGUCACGAUCUGAGUACUUCAAAGCAAGAUUAUCUCGUAUGACAAAUUUUCUCGAAGGAAAAGAUGGAUUACCUGGUAAUACUCUUCCAGUUCUUCAAGAACAUGACUUAAGUACCGAGGCUUUCGAAAAGAUGAUCGAAUAUAUGUACACCGACUGUUUGAAGGAUAUCGACCCAGAUCAGGCAGAAGAAAUGUUUGAUGCUGCCUCCAGAUAUUUGUUGUUUCCUCUAAAACGUGCUGUGGCUGAUGUACUGUUGCCACACUUGGAAAUGGUAUCGCCCGCAGAGCUGUGCCAUUGGCUGAUGCUAUCUGAAUUAUAUGGAAUUUUGAAGAUACGGGAAUACUGUCUUGAUUUAAUUGCUUGCAACUUUGAGACUUUUGCUGACACCCGAGAGUUUAGGGCAAUGCUUCUGACACUCCCACCACCCUCUGGAGAUUCCUCGCUUCGUACCACCCUUCCAAGUGCUCCAGGAGCUGGUCUGAAUACCGACCAAGGAAAUCUGCUUGACGACCUACGGGAGAAAUGGCUGGAAGCUGAAGCUGCUGAGCUUGACAAGAGAGAUGAAAGUGCAGCUCUAUUUGACAAACGACUGGAGAUGCUUAUGACUAUAGCGGAAAGAGAAUGUACUGAUGAUCACAUUGAUUGUAUCUGAGUGUUCGAUGGUGGAAAGAGGAUUGGAUGGUGGUAUCUGUUGCUGAAAAGCCGUAUUCAUCUGUGUAUAGUAGCUGUCUGUGGGGUUUUGAUGGCUAAAGUGGUAUAAUGUUGUUCAAAAGAUGUGGUACCAGCACUCCCAAGGUGUGCUGCUGUUGCCUAAUAAGGUUCAAAGAUGACAAGGAAGGUUUUAUAACCCCUCUUUAGAUAGAGAGAAUAUGUUGUUACCGGUUCUUCUGAUCAGGGCCUAGAGCAGUAUUCCCAAUUUCUGAAAACUUUUAUACAUCUCAUAAGUCUAAAAUACUUUUCAGUUCUUUUUUGUGGACUUCAUUUAGGGGUAUAAAUCUUUAUUUCUGCUUGCA